UGACAUUAUUAAAGAACUGAGUAAGUAGGUAUUACCAAAAUUCGGUUUCAAAUACUAAAAAAAAAGAAGAAGAAAAGCGACCGUAAACUGAUUCUACAUUCCAUGAAAAAGGUUCAUUCUCGUCUAGUCAUUAAAAACGUACCCUCCAUCCAUACAUAUAUGGUGGGUAGUACAUGGUUUCAUGUGUAGCCAGCUUCACCCUCUACCAUUUUGAAUUCCCCAAUCUUCAAGGAAGUAAAAGAAGAAGAUUUAACAAAAAUGUUUCUUACAAGAAGUUGUUUAGGUGUUUUAAGGCGCUACUCAACUAAAACGCCCAAAAGUCUGCCUUUUACCAUAACAAGGACUGAGACUGCGAAUUUUCCGGUUUAUAUCGAUUACAAAAGCGGCGGAAAUCAAGUUCAGACUAUCAUACGCCGAAUUGAAGGAGACGAUAAUGCUUUGCUGAAGGAAUUAAUUACUGACCUCGGCAUUCCUCGGGCUGAUGCUUCUAUUAACCAAUUAACAAAACACAUCCGUAUUAAAGGAAACCACUCUCAGCGCAUAAAACAAUGGAUCCAAGAUCGUGGGUUUUAACAUCGCUACGAACUUGAGAGUGUCCCGCUGUACAUAUCAUUACAAGAGACGAAGAUAAAGAAGAAAAUGGAAUAGACGAAAAAAGAAAUGAAAGGGUUUACAGAAGGCGAUUUGGAAACUAAAUUAUCCGCGCUUUUCCAUAUUAUUUCCUCAAUAAUCAGCAGCAAACCAUAUUUCUAUGUUUUUGAAUACAUUCAUUGAUCAAUGCACCCUUUUCGUUCAUCUUUUCCUUUGUUUAUUUAAUUUAUAUCUACUUAGAGUCGGUUUCCUAAGACAAGAACACAAUACCAAGCAUUUUCUUGUUUUCUUCUUUUUUUUUUGGUAAAGAAAUGGACUAAAUCUGUCUGACCGAUAUUUUGAAUCCACUAUGAAUUCUUUAUAAUGAAUGAAAGCUUAUAGUCUUAUUUCGAAAAAUAUAUCAGAUCACAGAUGAAAACAGAUCAAAUUGAAACAUUUAAC